AGUUCCAGCAAAGAUAGUCUUCUAGUAUAAACACUCACGUGCACAGGGCGGCCGAAAUGGAGUAAACACAACUUUUUGUGUGUGUUUAAUACAGAGAGUGUAUCAUAUUUGUUAAGGUAUUGGAGAAGUAACAGACGCGGCGAUUAUUUCUGAACUAUUGAAAGCUAACGUUGCAUCUGUUUAAUCAGGACCUCAGAAAGCAAGAAAGAUAUAAAAAGGGCCUAUCAAAUAUGUCCUCCCCCCAGUCAUAUUCAAGGCGGCAGUGGUGUUGUUACCUUUGCGAUUUGCCUAAGAUGCCAUGGGCUAUGAUCUGGGACUUUAGCGAGACUGUCUGCCGAGGCUGUGUGAAUUAUGAAGGUACGGACCGUAUUGAAUUUAUCAUAGAGACGGCAAGGCAGUUGAAAAUAACUCAUGUUAUGCAGGAUGACAGGUCGCCGUGUCCCCAACCCACUAAACAUGGCCCAGGUGGGAGAGAUGGACCUAUGGAGGGUGGCAGGCCACUUCCUGAACGCUUUGAAAGGGGAAGAGGGGACUACGGAGCCCCAGCACGGAUCCCCAACGGUCUGCACAGAAUAGAUGACGGGGGCCCACAACAAGAACUCAGUGGACAGAGCCCUAACAACGCCAGAAGACCCAUGGGGGGUACCGUUCCGCCCAAUUUAAUGACACAAGGCCUUGUGGGGGCUCCACACGGGUUGCUAGCAGCUGUGCCUGGUUUAAAUGCCAGAGUCGGGGGAGCCCCCCUCACCCUCUCUGCCCCCAUGCUGAACGAGAUCACCAAGAGGCAGCUGAGCAUGGGCAUGAGUGUGGCCUCCUUCCUGAGCCCUGAGUUUGAGAAGGAGCUGAGGGAGAAGCAGAGGAACGCAGAGGCUCUGGCCGAGCUGUCAGAGAGUGUACGGAACCGAGCAGACGACUGGGCCGGCCGACCCAAGGCUGUACGAGGGGCCCUGCUCACCCUCUCCGGCUGCACCCCCUUCAACGUGCGCUUCAAGAAGGACCACAGCCUGGUGGGACGGAUCUUUGCCUUCGACGCCAAGCUGGCGCUGGACUUUGAGCUGAAGAUCUUUGCGGAGUACCCGUGCGGCUCGGGGAACAUGUUCUCCAGCCUGGCGGCGCUGGUCAAGCAGAUGUUCCAUGACAGCCAGAGAGACUCAGGGAGCAAGAUGGUCAACUCGGGCCUAAAGUAUGUGGAGUACGAGAAAAGGCAUGGCGCGGGGGACUGGCGACUGCUCUCUGAGCUGCUGAGUGAUGCGGUAAGGGCCUUUAAGGACACCCCCGGCCCUGACGUUCUCCCCCAGCCCUACCUGGACGCCAGCUGCUCCAUGCUGCCCACAGCGCUGUGUCACAUGUCCCGCUCGGCACCGCCAGUCCGCGGGCGCCGGAGGAAGGCUUCCCCAGAGCCCCAGGGUGGAGAGGUAGUGACCACAGAGGAGCAGCUCCGGCAGCACUGGCCCAUGGGGAUGUACCCGGGAAUGGCUAUCCACCUAGCUGCCUCCUCCUUCCCCAGCGUUAGCCAGCCACCUCCCCACCAGGAGGGCUCGGCCUCCCAUUCCCACAGCAGCGACCCCUCCCCCAUCACAGCACUGAUGAGCGUGGCUGAGUCACCCAGAGAGGCCCCUAGCAGCAGCAGUAGUGGUGGAGGCCUGGGCCACUCCUCCUUGGCAGUGAGGCAAAGCAGCAGCAGCCCCAUGGCAGCCUGCCCUGCGGGGCAACAGCGGCGCCUGGCCUCCAGGAAUGGGGAACCUCAGGGAGCCAGCAACUCUGCAGCGGGCACUACAGCAGCUCUCCCCCUGGCUGGGGCCUCGGACCAGGGAGCAGGGGACCCCUCCGGCUCCUCUGGUCCCCCUCUCUGCUGCACCAUCUGCCACGAGCGCUUGGAAGACACUCACUUUGUCCAGUGCCCCUCGGUUGCGGCCCAUAAGUUCUGCUUCCCUUGCACCAGAGACUUCAUCCGGAGACAGGGGGCCGGCAGCGAGGUGUUCUGCCCCAGUGGGGAGCGGUGUCCCCUGGUGGGCUCCAACGUGCCCUGGGCCUUCAUGCAGGGAGAGAUCGCUACCAUCCUGGCUGGAGAUGUCAAGGUGAAGAAGGAGCGCGACCCCUAAAUCCUCUGGGACAGCUGACUGCUGUUGACGCCUGAGUGGAGCUGGAGCCUGCAGACAGAAAACGACAAUCUCAACAGGUUCUCCCCACCUCGCAGCCAAUCACCACAGCAAUCCGCCAGGUUCUCCCCACCUCGCAGCCAAUCACCACGGAAAUCCACCAGGUUCUCCCCAACUCACAGCCAAUCAUCAUACACAUCCACCUGCAUGGAGCAGGCCUUACACUACCACUUCACUGUCUGGUUGGUUAGGGGGGUGACGAUACCCCCAGCCCCAGCUCACCUCUAAUACCUAAUUCACCCCUUUGUCCCUCAAACAUCAACUUAUCUACAUUAGUAUUGGUCACUAGUAUUAGUCACUGAAGUUAUAAACCAGUGGACCAUGGUUGAGAAGUAUGAACUUCAUCUAGCUUCUAGGUGAUUAUAGGGCUGUUGUUUUCUGUUUCAUUGAACAUCUUUCUAACAGAUUUCUGAGUGGCAACGUGAAAGAGGGACGACUUCACUACAUGUUACAUCAACAUACAGACUAGAAGUGUUUUGUUUUGCGCCACAUUUUGCGCUUUACGUUAAAAAAAACUGACUGUCACGGAGCGAAUUGUUUGCUCCUUGUUGAAACCUCAGACCAGCAGCAGUUGACGUCUGUCGCGCCAUCUAUAUUAUAAGAGAGCAGCGGUGGCUUUCAGUGCAGGACGAUACAGUAACAUGGCUUUCACAGUGCCCAACAAAGACGCUUUUAUCCAGCAUGUAUGAAAUGGGAUGGAUACCUCUCUAUUUUAUACUGAAUGUUCGAAUGCAAGACGAUCUUGCUCCGCGGUAAUAGAUGUGCAAUCUAUAGUUUUGAGACCAAUACAGCUUGUGGUGUGUACCACUGAGUAGCCUAAACACGUGCAUCGAAACCAAAGAUUCAUGCUGAAGUAAAUGUACAGUGCCCUAUAGAAGAUCUACGCACCCUUGAACUUUUUUCAAAUGUUGGUGCGUUAGGAAGUAGGAUUGCGAUAGAUUUAUAAAAAAAUAAAUUUUGAUUGAUCUACAGAAAAUACACCAUUAAUGUCAAAGUGAAGGGGGGUCUAAAAAUGUUUACAAAUGAAAUCACUAAAAUAUAGUCGUUGUAUAAGUAUUCACCCUUUUUGUUUAGGCAAGCCUAAAUGAGUUCAGAAGCUUGACACAGGCAAAGACUGGGCAGGCUUUCAGGAAGAAACGGAAAUGUGUUGGAGCUAAGCGCGGGCAAAAUCCUAGAGGAAACCUGCUUCAGUCUGCUUGUACACCAGACACUGGGAGAGGAAUUCACCUUUUCAGAAAGACAAUAACCUACAACACAAAGCCAAAUCCACACUGGAGUUGCUUACCAAGAAGACAGUGAAUGUGACCAAGUUGCAGGUUUGACUUAAGUCUGCUUGAAAAUCUACGCCAAGACUUGAAAAUUGCUGUCUAGCCAUGAUCCCCAACACCUUGACACCUUGACAGAGCUUGAAGAAUCUUAUUUUUUAUUUUCUACUUUGACAUUACGGAGUAUUUUGUGUAGAUUGUUGAUGAAAAAUGACAAUUUCAAUCCCACUUUGUAACGCAACAAAAUGUGGAAAAUGUUCAAGGGGGUGUAGACCUUUUGUAGGCACUGUACAUUUCAAAACUAAUCUUAUCCUUUAUGUGUUAAAUGUCUUUAUUAUUUCAAUAUGUGCCAGGGAAAUAGUGGGUGAAAUGGUUAUUGUUAGGAUAGUUAUAGGUUCUGUUAACUGAAGUUGUAGAGGGUGUAGAUUAAACUAAUAGUGUGGUGUUUAAUUAAAGGAAUUUACUAUUCAUGUAAAGUCAAAGGUUUUUUUCUAUAUAGAUUGAGAUUCAAGGUUUGUUUCACGUGAUCCUCAUGAAAUAGGAUUUUUUUAUUUUAUUUUAAUAAGUUCUAUAAUAUCCCAAUUUAAUGCUCUGUUUUUACCUAUGAACUUAACGAUUUGAAUUGUCUAAAAUAUAAUAUAUACAUGUAUAUCAAAAUACUUCCCUGUCAGGUUUUCCUUAACCUUUUUAUGUUUGUCACCAAAAUGAAUAUAUGAAUUUAAUGAUCAAUUUGCAAAGCUGGUGCCAAUCAAUACCCUAGCAUGUGCAUGUGUUAAUAUGAAAUUAAAUGAGGACAAUGCAUCAAGCAAGCCAUUGCCAAUCACGUGGGCAUGAAUGUAUACUGUACAAACAUACGUAUUGUACACUAGUAGCUGUAUCUGAAAGUGUAUUUAGUACCAAAAUUAGGCCUAGGCCUAUUUCUUAUCUAACAUAGGAUACUGUAAUUCAAAUGUAGCUCAUACAACAAGAAAGGAAUUUCCCACAGAAACACUAUGUUCAUGCAACUUUCCUCAAGUGCCUUUAAUGGCAUCCUCUGUCUGAAAGCACUUUUUAAAAAUCCCUAUAAGUCUAUUCACUUUUGUAUUUGGCCACUAAAUUAGUAAGGAUUGUCUUGUGCCAGCCUUUCUAUUAUUCUGGUCCUUUAUGGUCCUGUCUGCCAUGGCCUCCUGUUGAGUUGUUUUUGUAGUUGCUUAUCUCAACACAGUUUAAGGGUAAAGCUUGUAUUCCAACUCUAUAUAAACUUUUCGUUUCAUAUCGUUUCGUUUCAUAUGAUUUGUUUUGUUCAUUGGAUGUAAAUGUCACAUUUUAUUUGCUAUUUCUCAUGAAGCUUCUAGGUAAUUGACCAAAAAUUUGAAGCGUACAUAAAUAAAUAAAUAAAAAAUACUACCACGGUGUUAUACUGUGUUGCAAUGAAA